AUGCCUGGAAAUCUUCAAACCACGAGUUGCCGCUACUUGCGGAGAGACAGACUUCAGGAUUUGCUUGAGCAAUUGUUUCCUGGACAAACAGACUUUGGUAUUAUGCUUCUAGAAGACCAAUGGAUCUUCACUGCCCCUAGAAUAGUGGAUCCUGCUGAGCUUGAUUCGGUUCAGGACGAUUAG